AUGGGUAUCCCAAAGACACUCCUACCCGCCCAAGACGAUCUUUCCGAGCCAACCUCACCCAAGUUGCCUGCCAGGUCGACCAAGUCUUCAGUCACAACCCGGAGUAGGAAGGCCAAGAAUGAAGAUGAUCUGCCAUACCAUCCCCCGAGCAGGAAAGGCAAAAGACGUGCUGUUGAUCAGAACCCGGCUACAGAGUCAAAGUCAACUGGUUCCACCGACCCGGCCGUGGACGUGAGCCCGCCUCCCAAGAAGAAGGCGAAGACCCGAGCCAAAAAGGACAAGGCUGAUGGUGGCGCUGAGAAACGAAAAAAACCAUGGCUGGACGAGGCUCCCAUCGAACACAAGGUGAAGCUCAUGCGACUAGCCAGCAAGAUUUCACGGUAUCUGCCCUUGAAUCCUAACCUCCCCCUCCCCAUAGUUUCGGAGAACCCACACAUCUCAUUUGAUAUCAUAGGGUCGACGGGGAAACUCUAUAAAACUACCAUCAAGGAAGUGUCCUUCUGUGACUGCCCGGACUCGAGGUAUCGCCGGAGCAUGUGCAAGCAUAUCAUAUAUGUGCUAGUGCGUGCUUUGAAGGCCCCCGCCGAGCUUCAGUACCAGCAGGCCUUCCUCCCAUCGGAGCUCCGUUCCAUGCUCGAAAAUGCUUCCCAUAGCCUCCGAAUUGACGCCCCGACGGGAACAGCCGCAGAAGAGAACAACGGCACCCGCAAGUCCAUCGAGGGCGACUGCCCGGUCUGUUUCAUGGAGAUGACCCCCGAUGAGAAGAUCGUCUGGUGUAUGGCUACAUGCGGAAAUAACAUCCAUGGCGAAUGCCUGAAGCGGUGGGCUGCUGUUUCUUGUGAUAGUGGUCUGCGCUGUGUUUACUGUCGUUCUCCCUGGAAGACCGCAAAAGAGCUCGCCACUGGCCUCGAUCUCGAGGACCUCUGCCCACAGAAGAAAAGGCUCGGCCCUAACAGAUAUGUCAACCUCGCCGAGGAGUAUGGCAUUGUCCCCAGCCCGAAGAAAGGGGCCGGUGGUGGAGGUGGAAAGGAGGUUCCUGGAUUUUCCCAGUAG